GAUCUUCAUCAAUAACUACAAAUUCUACGAUACUACCUUUUCUCCAGUUUCCAGUUCGUCACACGGACUAUUGAACACCCUGCCGCGGGCAUGGAGACUGACAUCUUCCCUCUCAUCUUCAAUUAUCGUAUAGAUUUUUAAAUAACCACGAUUGCCCAGUGGUUUUAUUCGAACGAGUCGUUAAAGAGUGGUUUGUCAAUAAAUUCACUGAGGUAUACGAAUCGAAUAAGAACAGAUAUAUCUUCAAGACAAAUGGAGUCGAGCGCUCCGCAUAUUGUUUGGAUCGCCCGGGAUACCUUAUAAGAUGGUGUUCAAACGAACGUUUCGAUUACAAUAUGAAGAUCAUAGAAGAUAUUGCAGUCACACAUGAAAUACCUGUCCAAAUUAGCCACAGGAAAGACAAUAAGGAGGCCAAGCAGCUUGUCUACAAGCGGACAGUCAUGUCAGAAAUCGCAAAGAAAGACAAGGAGGAAAUGCUGGUUGUAUGACAGAAACAAGCGGAAGCAUUAAGGAAGGCAAGGAGGGUCGGAUGGGAAAGAUUAUCGGAAGCAAGGCGAGCGGAAAUCGAGAAAAAGAGGAAAUCAAGCAGGGAUGGCUACGUGUGGGAGAGCAGGCAUAUGCUUGGUGGAAUAAGAGUGCAGAGGAGAGAGCGAUAAUUACGGAAAAGCAGAGGGCCACGAGGAAGGAGAGGUUUGUGAAAAAUGGACGUCUACCAGAAAUAAAGCGAAGACAAGGCGAACGAUACCGAGCAACAGUAGCUGCCAAAACCGAGGAGGAAAGACGAGCUCCUAUUGAGAUGCAAAAGGCUUGGUUGGCAGGUCGAACACCAUUUCUUUCCCAUUCUGCCCUCCCCCCCCUCCCCCCCUCCCGCCCGGCCGCCCGCCGCCGCCGCCGCCUCCUCACAACCACCACCCCCCUCCCAUCCCACCCUUCUUUUCUUCCUCAAUCCUUCCGCUUGUUGUUGUCGCACAACCAGAGGAGGAAAAAUUAGUAACUCGGAAGCGCAGAGCUGAGACUGUAGCUAUAAAAGGGCGAAGUCAGUGAAGAAAAUGGUUGAUGCUAAAGCAAACAAAUCUGAGGAAGAGAAAUUGUCACAACAUCUGAGGACUAAGGCUACUUGGACUAAGGCUACUUGGGCUAAGGCUACUUGGGCUAAGGCUACUUGGGCUAAGAAGUCGAAGGAAGAUAUGCAGAAGAAGAUUGUAAAGACAGCUGCAACAAUAAAAAGUAUGAGUGUGGAGGAUAGAAAAGCAUCUUUAGCAUUAACGGAAGUAAAGAAGAAAGCUACUGCUGCAGAAAAGGAAUGAAGAAAAUCGCUUGGAUUACCAGAUCUAACUCAGUUGCUAUUUAUGAUUAGUUACGCUCAAAUACUGUUGGUCUUUCUCUCUCUUGAGUGUAGUAUUCCUGUCAUUUUAUAUGUACCAUACUAUACCACGGUACUCAAUAAUUCAAUAAUAAAGAUUAUCAAAUCUUCAAACCA